AUGCAGUCAGUGGCUGAGCGUCCACUGAAAAUUCUAAAGAUGCUCCCACCCUUUGAACGGACACAGCGCUCUCCAUUCACCCCUAGUUCGGAGACAGUUUCUGGAACCAAAACUCUCAUUCCUUCUCCAAUGGGCGGAGCCAACGCUACCCUGCAGCAGCGCCGCCUGCCGAGGCCAACUGGUACCGCAGCAGCGCCGCCUGCCGAGGCCAACUGGUACCGCAGCAGCGCCACCUGCUGGCCGAGCCAGACCGGAAGCCGUUCCGGAGAUUUUACGACAACGUGCUGCCUGUUCGGAUUUACGGUACCUCUCGGCAUGGCUACCUCGGCUGCGGCCGCCUCGCCGUCACUGGCAUCUGGAGCUUCGCUUUCCUUCACCGAUGCCUGUUCCCUCAUCCAGAACCCACACUCCUGCUUGGUGUUGGAUACCUGCCGCCGACACCUCGCCCUCUGCCCGCUUUACAUGAACCGCAAGCGGAGCGGCAUCGAGCGCCAACUCAAAACCGAGCUGUUCCGUUUCGCAGAGAGAUCCCACCAGUGCUGUUCCUUUGUCCCAGAAGAUGUAUCUGAUGACCCAGCUAAAACUGGUGAAACUCAUACUGGUCUGCAGGGUGUCCCAGUUGCAUACAACAAGAUCAGAUUAAUUGGUGAGUUAGGUGACAUCUUUGAUGACCAAGGAUAUAUACAUAUCAACAUUGAAGCUGACUUUGUUAUCUUCAGGCCCAACAUUGGACAAAAGCUGGUGGGCGCGGUGAAUAAAGUUGCUCCAAGUCAUAUUGGUUGCCUGGUGCAUGGGUGUUUUAAUGCUUCCAUUCCCAAGCCACAUCAAGCAAAUGGAGUCUGGCCAGGCUUUGAAGUAACAGUAGGAGAUACUCUGGAGUUUGAAGUUGUACAGCUGGAUGCUGAUGCUGCUGGCGUACUGUGCAUUCGAGGGCAGUUGGAUAAAAGUGUGCAGGCACCAUAUGGUGCAGAUUUUGAAGAACUGCGGGAAGAGGGCUUUGUUGAGCAAGAUGGUGGUAAAGGUGGGAAGAAAAAGAAGAAAAAGAAAAAAUGGAAGGAUGAAGAAUGUGAAGAGACAGCUAAGCAGACUGUGAGCUGCACAGAGUCGGAUAAGAGUCUUACCAAAAAUGAAAUGGAAAAUGUUGAAGAGAUUUUAGACAGUAAAUCCAAAAAGAGAAAGCAAAGGACUGAGGAACCAAAUACAGACACAGAAAUCCAUGAAGGCGAUGCCAGUGAUUGUCAUGAAUAUAGCAAACCAAUUAAAAAGAAAAGAAAAUUUUCUGUGAGUGAAUUAGAUACCACCAAUUGUGCACAAGAAUUAAAAUGCAAAAAAAGAAGAAAACAUGAUUAGAAAAACUAUUAUCUAUAAAAUGCCUGAGUAAACCACUGCAGAGAUACUUCCCGCCUUAAUAAAAAUGUUGGAAGGAAGGUGAUUUUAUUCUGAAGAAAAAGGAGUUUUGAUGGAACACUGUUUAUGUAGUCGUAUAACAUAAUUUGCAACUUUUUAUUUGAUUUGCAGUUGCAUAUUUGCCUUUCUUGUAUAUUUGUCAACAUUUGCAAGGGCUUAUAUCACUUGAGUAUUACAUCUGCUUGCUAUUACAAAAGCUGACUGCUGUGAUUCUGAAAUAAGACAAUGUUGGAAAUAUUUUCUGCAGCAUCUGUGCAGAGAAAUGUGAUUUAAUCUUUUAACAGUGAUCUUGCAUCAAAUUGGGUUUCAUAAUUUCAAACAAGUGAAACCCAAUUUAUUUAUAAAUUGAUUGGAACUAUGCCUUGUUGGUAAUUGAAUAAAUCUUCAUAUUUUCAUGCAGUUUAGUGACAUUCACAUAAUAAAAUCAAAGAUUGCUGUAAACAAUUGGCAGGCCAGGCAGCAUCUAUGGAACUUCAGUUCUGAUUGAUUCUUUGACCUUCUUUGACUCUGCUUCUCUACACAGAUACAGUCUAAUUCUGACUUAGUUUUUAUUUCAGAUUUCCAGCAGUUUGAUGUUCACUGAUUGUUAUACUGUUCACUUGUACAAGGUUAAAAAUGCUAUGCUGAAGCAGAUUGAUUGCCCUUUGUAAUAUUUUUACUGCAGUAAUUUUUUCUCUUACAAAUAAAAGAACACUUAGUUUUGACUGCCAGUUUAAAGUCAAGUAUUAAGAAAACAGUAUAUUAGUUUACAACUGGAGUGAAGUUCUAAAAGUACCUCAUUGUAGCCUUACAUUAUCUCUAUUUAUGAUCUGUAAAACAAGUAAUUUAUCAUCCGUAUUUUAAAGCUUCCCCUUUAAAAAUAGUUUGAGGUGGCUUCUGUUUGUUGACAUAUUAUCCAAUAGUUUUGACCAUUCUGAGCCUCAUAUUAUUGCACAUAAUAUUUAAUUAAUCUGUUUAAUUAUCUUGUUUUUCUCCAGCAUCCCACUAUUCAUGGGAUAUCUUUUUAACCUUUGUCUUUGCAGUGAGCAAAGGAAUCUUCAUUACACCUCUAAUCACUUUUACGUGAGAAUUAUUUCUCUUCUCUAUUUUUAAAGUCCUUUUAAACACUUGGUUGAAAUUAUGUGUUGUUAUUUGCUCUAUUUAUAUAUGCUCUUUCAUGUUUAGUGAAAUCAUUGAGUUAUGUACAUUGUGGCCUGUCCUCAUUUGCUGUUGAUUGCAUCCAUAUGUUCCGAGAUUUUAAGACAAGACAAACAGAACUUGCUGCAAUGUUGCUCAUAGUUGAAUACAUUGGACUGAAUAUAUUGAAUACAAAGAAUGGAGGAA